AUGGCCCUGCUCCAGGAACUUCAUAGUUGCUUUCUUAACAAUGGCCUCUAUUAUUUUACAGCAGAUACAGGUUAGACUAACAGGCCGGUAAUCGUUAGCAUUAGUGCGAGCCCGCCCUUGUAUAUCGGAGAGAUAUUUGCUGUCUUCCAUUCCGAUGGCAGUCUCCCUUAUUCGAAUGACGAGCGGAAGAUGUGUGCCAGUGGUUUGGAGAAUUCAUUCGCCAUUUUUUUCAAGAAUUUGGCCGGAAUAUUGUCCGGACCCGAUGACUUGGCCUCUUUGAGAUUUUUCAGCUCCCAUUCCACGGCAGCUGUCGGGAAGAAGAUGGAGUCAAGCACAGACCAACAGUCUCAAGAGCACUGCCGGCACUGCAACAACGAAACUCUGUUUCUCUAGUAAAAACCGAGGCAAAAUACUGUCCUAAGUGUUCGGCUUUCUCGCUGUUCUCAAUGAUCUCUACACCAUUAUCAUCCUUCAGCACGGCGACCGGGUCCUUAUUUUUCAGUCUACUGUUAAGACAGUGAAACAGCAUCUAAGGCUUCUGUUCAGCCUGUCGGAUAAUUUUGGAUUCAUACUCUUUCCGUGCCUGACGGAUACAUUUCUUGACUGCAUUUCGUUGACGACGAAAUUCUUCGAAAUGCGCUGGUGACGCAGUUUCCCUGAAUAUUUUCCAUCGUUUACUUAUCUUCCGUAGCUGCCUAUUUAGGUCCCUAGUUAACCAAGGAGGUCGAAAAGUUGUUUUUUUUUGUACUUUGGGAGGACAACAGGGUGUAGGGGGCGUCAGCGGUGGGUUCAUGUGAUGGUCGUAGUGGUCGCUCACUUGCUUGCAGGUUAGACUACGCCCAGCGUCCAUUUGCUAUCAACCAACUCUCAUCUGUGGCUCCACGUAGCUGGGCUCUGCUCAGCGGCCACACCCCGGGCAACCGUCUCGACCGGCGGGCUAAACCAGGUGAGGGGGCCCUGUGCGCUGUGUCGCGUGCACAUUGUUUGCGGAUUCCGCUGGAUGGAAGGUCGGAUGGUACCUUGCGUCGGCACUGCCUUGACGUGAUUAGUCUCUGAACGCCGCUGGACAGCUGGUGACGGGAUGGAUCUCCACAUCGACAUCGCCUUGACGUGCCUACCUACGCCGUCGGAGACCGGGGCUUACGGCGAAUUCGAGUCGCUUUCCACUACAACCCGAAGUCGUGGUCCCAUAGUAGAGUUCGGCCGUGCCACAACGGCACAUGGCAGCCCUAUUCAGGGAUGGCACUGUCAGCCCCCACGAGGGGAAGGGCCUAGAAAAGGUGGCCUAAACAUUGCUCGGUACCACGCCGUCUCCAGGCUAGCCAGGGCCGCAGACGUCUAAUAAUGGUCGAAACAAUCAAAAUCGAACCAACAACAAUACCAAUAACAACAAGAACUGUACUCAUUCUCCUCAUCCUACCUCUUCUUCCUCUUCCUCUGCCUAUUCUUCUCCUUCGUCACCUUCUUCUCCAUCUCCUUCCCGUCGCCCCAUUCGUUGUCGCCAGACUGGCAGGGUGAGUCCGCUCACUCUGGCAGCCUGGAAUUUUCGUCCUCUUUUAGACAAUCCGAGGAGCAACCGACCGGAACGGAGGACAGCGUUAGUGGCACGAAAACUGGCGCGCUACAAGGUGGACAUCGCCGCACUCAGCGAGACCCGCUUCUCCGAACAAGGCCAACUGGAAGAGGUGGGAGACCGUUACACCUUCUACUGGAGUGGUCGACCCAGGGCAGAGCAACGAGACGCGGGUGUCGCCUUCGCUAUCCGGAACGAAAUCGUAAGACGACUGCCCAGUUUGCCGCAAGGCAUCAACGAUCGCCUGAUGCGCCUCCGCCUGCCUCUCCGGGGUGGGGGCAAAUUCGCCACCAUCAUCAGCGCCUACGCUCCAACGAUGACCAAACCCGACGCCGACAGAGAAAAAUUCUACGAGGACCUGCACGCCCUCUUGGCGACUGUGCCGAAGGCGGACAAGUUGAUUGUCCUUGGCGACUUCAACGCCCGCGUCCGCACAGACCAUGCUGCCUGGAGAGGAGUGCUGGGUCCCCACGGUCUCCGCGGCUCAAACGACAAUGGUCUGCUGCUGCUCCGCACCUGCGCAGAACACCGCCUCAUCCUGACGAACACCUUCUUCUGUCUGCCGGAGCGAGAGAAGGCCACUUGGAGGCAUCCUCGGUCGCGUCAGUGGCACCUGCAGGACUAGGUCCUCGUCCGGAGGCGAGAUCAGCGGGACUUGCUGGUGACGAAGGAGAUCGCGGGUGCUGACGGGUGGACCGACCAUCGCCUCGUCAUCUUGAAAAUGCCUAUUCGCCUACAGCCUCGCAGGAGACCACAAGGUAAGUGACCCCCAGGUAGGCCGAAUGUUGCCUUGUUGUCUUUGCCCGCUCACCAUCUUCAUUUCAGCAAUGAGCUAGCUCAACGGCUAGACAACCUUCCUAUCGCUGCCGCGGCCGCUGCCGAGAACGCCUCCGUGGAGAACCGCUGGUGUCAACUGCGAGACACGGUCCAGUCGACGGCGCUCGCCGUCCUUGGUCGCGCUCCCCGCCAACACCAGGACUGGUUCGACGACAACGACGCCGCCAUCAGAAAUCUGCUUGCCGCGAAGAACCGCCUACACAAAGCCUACGUCGAUCACCCCACUGACGACAACAAAGUUGCUUUCUACCGCAGUCGCCGCCACGUCCAACAGCGACUGCGCGAGAUGCAGGACGCCUGGACUGCUUGCAAAGCUGAGGAGAUCCAAGGCUACGCGGACCGCAACGAAUGGAAGAACUUCUCUGCGAUCAAAGCUGUCUACGGUCCGCCGACGAAGGGCACUGCUCCUCUCCUCAGCGCCGACGGCAGCACUCUCCUGACUGAGAAGACGCAAAUCCUACAGCGAUGGGCCAAGCAUUUCCGGGCGUCCUCAACCGCCCCUCCGCCAUCUCCGACGCCGCCAUCGAGCGUUUGCCGCAAGUGGAGACCAACGCGGACCUCGACCUCCCGCCAUCACUCCAGGAGAACAUCAGGGCCGUGCAGCAACUCUCCAGCGGGAAAGCACCCGGAUCGGACGCAAUCCCUGCUGAGGUCUACAAGCACGGAGGUCCCCAACUGACAGAUCACCUGACUGCGCUCUUCCAGGAGAUGUGGCGUCAAGGUGAAAUCCCGCAAGAUUUCAAAGACGCAACCAUCGUGCAUCUCUACAAGCGCAAAGAGAAUCGCCAAGUCUGCGACAAUCACCGCGGCAUCUCCCUGCUGAACAUCGCUGGGAAGAUCUUCGCAUGA